CAUUCCUUCUCUUUUCACCACUCUUUCUUUCUUCUAGACUGGUUAUUCCACGUAGAGCGUGCAGGGUGCUGAGUUCCAGAAACCACUUGUAGCCCUUCGUCUGCUCCUUUCAUUCAAUGGCUAUCUCCGGUUCUGAAGUUCACCUCCUGGUCCUUAUCCAUGGAAUGUGGGGAAAUCCCACACAUCUUGCUGAAAUGUAUCGCAUUAUACAAGAAGUCAAAGGAAAGUCAAACGACGUGAGCUCCAGGUUACACGUGCUACUGGCAGAAGCCAACAAGGAUGCGCACACAUACGACGGAAUUGAUUGGGGAGGCGAGCGAGUUGCGCAAGAGAUUUUUGACGAAAUAGAGAAGAUCGAGGGCGAAGGGAAGAAAGUCACUCACUUUUCAAUCACGGGCUACAGUCUUGGAGGUCUCCUCUCUCGAUACGUCGUGGGUAUUCUCUACCAGCGUGACCUGUUUAAGACGAUAACUCCCAUCAACUUCAAUACUGUCGCUACCCCUCACAUCGGCCUCUUGCGAUAUACCUCAUUUUGGUCCCGACUAUCAUCCACUCUCGGUCCCACGUUGUUGUCUCGGACCGGUGAACAAUUCUACGGUGUAGACGUGUUUUCGGAGAGGGGAAGGCCGCUCCUAGAAGUUAUGGCUGACCCCAAACGACCUUUCUAUCAAGGCCUUUCACUUUUCCCCCACAUUCGAAUAUAUGCGAAUACAGUCAACGAUCUAACAGUACCUUAUAUCACCGCUGCGAUAGAACCCGAGGACCCGUUCUAUGACCACAAGACCACUGGUCUGCAGAUUGAAUUUGAUGAGAAAUAUUCCCCCAUCGUCAAGUCGUGGACACUUCCAGAUACCCCGCCUUCCUCGCCCCCCAAGCCACGCAUAUUCACCUGGCAAUGGUUUAAGAACCAUCUCCCCCGUCUUGCGCUUCCCCCUUUCCUUCAACGCAGAUUCCCUUUGAAUAUCCUCGUCUUCAUUGCACUACCAAUCCUUAUUCCCAUGUUCUUCAUCCUCCUUCUCGUCCGCCUCGCUCUUUCGGCGCGAUCAUCCCGCAAACGCAUCAUGCUCCUCGAGAAAGAUACGUCAGCGAGCGGUCGGCUGGCUCAAGUCGUCGGCGAGCUCGAACGGCAGAUGGAAGAUGUUGUUGUAGACUUCAUCGACAGCUCCUCGUCCUACAGAGAUGAAUCCCCAGCGGCAUCAGAUCCCUCACCCCCCUUCGAAAACAGCCACGAACGCGACAGCGUAAGGAGGGACAGUGCAACGAAAGCGAAAUUAGCGGCAGAGCCUCAUCUGACCGAAAGGCAAUACAAGAUGAUCGCAUCGCUCAAUGCCAUUCCGCAACUCAAGAAGGAACGUGUUUUCCUCGACCCGAUGCGCAACUCGCAUGCCACAAUCAUAUCAAGGGACGUGCAGAGCUUUAAAUUCCACAGGCAGGGAGAGGGUGUGUUGCGCCACUGGGCAGAUCAUUUCAUUCUUUGAGGGCUUGCAGCUUGCUACUGUGAUUUCAUUCUCAUAGGGACGAGUUCGUUGUAUCGCGGGUCAUAUCUGUUGGUCCUGUGAUUUUGACAUGCUGGAAUUUAUCAUCUUGCUUUUGUGAUUUGCUAGUUGCAGUCUACGAGUAAUCUACAAGAUCCAGAUUGUAAGUUUCC